CGGAAAUAUAACAUAGAAACGUACGCGGAACUACAAUUUGGUGCAUCACAGAAAUAUUCCGACAGCGUGUUUGUAAAAAAAUGGAUAUAAGGAACGCAACAGAACUGUAGAUGUUACAAUUUUUUUUCAGAAAUAACGUACCAGCUAUGCCAUAAUUUUGUUUAAAUUCAUUAAUGAUUGAAUAAACAUGGAAAGAACCUGACACGUUUAUGUCUCGUAUUUCUGGAUGUAACGUUAGACUUUUUUCGCUUGUUAUCAGUUGAAAAUGGAUGAAUUAAAGGAAGAAAACCUAAAGAAUGUCGACGAGGCUGAGUUUGAGGAGAAAACUGUUGUAGAUGAAAUUAAAGAAGAGCAAGAAGAAGAAGAAGAAGAAGAAGACGAGGAGGCAUUGCCACACUCUGAAUUUCUUGACAUCUUUGAGGAAGGACUGGCUCUGAUGGUCCAGGACCCUUUACUGUGCGAUCUGCCAAUUCAGGUCACGUUGGAGGAGGUGAACUCUCAGGUGGCUUUGGAAUAUGGUCAGGCCAUGACUGUUCGUGUUUGUAAGGCUGAUGGAGAAGUCAUGCCUAUUGUGGUUGUGCAGUCUGCUACGGUUCUAGAUCUCAAGAAAGCCAUUUGCAGAUAUAUGGAGCUAAAACAACAACGAGAGGGAGGUGUCAAGCACAUCGGCUGGAAAUACGUGUGGAGGACAUUUCAUCUGGUCUUCAAUGGAGAAAAAUUAGAAGAUGACAAAAGAAAGCUGAAGGACUACGGGAUCAGGAACAGAGAUGAAGUGACCUUUUUGAAGAAACUGAGAAGGAAAUGAACAAAUGAAGUUCUGUUUAAUGGCUGAAAUUUGUAAAUAAUGAAUAGACAUUUAAAUGAAAUGUUCAUCCAAAAAGUAAAAAAACUCAUCCUCAUGGUAUUCCCUACCAAAUACCGUUCCCUGUAUUUUUUCUGUGGAACAAAAAUGAAAAAAAACAACAACAACAAUUUGAAUUGAAUUUUAAAUUAUGUAAAUGAUGACUAAAUUGUUUAAGGUAAACUUAUCCUGUGAAGACAACACUUGUUGAAGCAAUUAUUCUAACAAGUAACUUAAAUAGAUAUUCUUGGAGUACAUUUUAUAAAGACUCUUUGUUCCUUUUAGUGAGACAGAAACCCAAACUGUCACAUUUGCAAAGAUGCAAAUGUGUGAAAGUCCUCCUUUUCAAAGAUGCCUGGUUAUUAACAUGUAUACAUGGUACAGCCACAAAACAGCUGAUUCACUGGAAGUAAAUGUCUCAUAAAGUGCUUACAAAAAUUAUAUUUGUGUAUUUUAUGUUGCUUUUAUAUUGAUCAAAAUAAUUAAACCUGAACAUGGUGAAAAUUAGUUGUUUUCAAAAGUGCAAUUUAAGUCCCAUUAAUGUUGCUUUUUAAAAUGCUUAAUAUUAUAGUCUCACAGAUUUGUCGCAAAACUGUAAAUAUCUGUAGUUUAAGACCCUUGUCCCUUGUAAACCACACACUUUAAAUAUUACGGACAUGUUCCUCAUACUGUUCCGCUACAGUGUGACCAGCCUCUUAUUUCCUUAUUACUGCAAUGUGAAGAGCGACUGAAGAGACACUGCAGCACACAUGGAGUGGAUGCUUUAUGAAGGUUUGAGGCUUUUGCAGUUUAAGUGAACCGUCAUCUCAAACUUCAACAUGCCUGAUGAACAGCUGACGAACAUUUUUGAGGAGCUGAACCGGCUGUCCUUUCGCAGACAGCAGCUGAUUGACAAACGCAAUAUCUUGGCAAUGCUCAUCCAGUUCAAGCGAAACAAUGGCCAGAAUGAGCAACAGUAUUCCAGAGAGACUAAAGAACUUAAAGAGAUUGAAGAACAGCUUAAAGUUCUCACUGAAAAAAAGCUUGAACUGGGGAAUUUGCAAGAAAGUUUGGGAGGCAAUCAUUUAAUAGACACAACUGUUUCAUCUAUAGACAGUCCGCCGUCUUUUCCAGCUCCGCAGGUGAUUCUGGAUGUUGAUCAACUUCCUCGACACUCAGCUCAGACGCAGUGUCCAUUCUGUCGCCAGUAUAUAACCACAGACGUCACAACCAAAUCUGGCAGUGCGACUUAUAUUGCGUGUCUUAUUUCCAUUCUUUUUUGUUGUAUAGCUGGCUGCUGUGCCAUCCCGUUCUGCAUGGAUAGAUGCAAAGACGUCGUUCACAAGUGUCCAAAAUGUCGGAGUCACAUAAAAACAUGCAAAAAGCUCUGAGGAGUGGAAUUUCUGAAUCCCGUA